AUCUGAAGCAUACAGAGUACUGAGAAAGAUGUGGUAGGCAAGAGAGCAUCAACUUUCUGUUGAUGAAUCCUUUCUUCUCCCUCAAUCUGCCUCUCUGAUCUGCUAAUCUCCCUCAUGGCAACCAUUUUUUCACCUCACUCGCUCUCUCCCUCGAAAUUCAAAGCUUCAUCCUCCAAAAUCCUUUCGUCUUCUCCCUCUAUUCCGCCCAACAAGUCGAAUUCUCUCUUCUGCAUCAAGCCCUCUACUUCCAGUCACAAAAAGCAUCAACCAUCAUCUCUCAAACUAUCUUUGCCUAAAUGCACCAGCUGGUUGACCCAGGCUCAGCAGGGACUGGCAGCUUUGGCUAUUUCCUUGGCACUCAACUUUAGCCCACUAUUGCACACUGACAAUGCGCUGGCAUCUGAAUUCGAUGUGCUCAACGAGGGGCCACCUAAAGAGUCGUACAUCUUUGACGAUGCAGGAGUGCUUAGUCGAGUGACAAGGUCGGAUUUGAAGCAGUUGAUGUCGGAUUUGGAAUCCAGGAAGAAUUUUCACAUCAAUUUUAUCACUGUUCGAAAGCUUACGAGCAAAGCUGAUGCUUUUGAGUAUGCUGACCGUUUGGAGCGUUGGUAUCCCACUGUAGAAGAAGGAAACAAUAAGGGUAUUGUGGUUCUUGUGACUAGUCAGAAAGAAGGAGCGGUCACAGGCGGCCCAGCAUUUGUCCAAGCUGUAGGAGAAAAGGUCCUUGAUGCCACCGUAUCCGAGAACCUUCCCGUGUUGGCCACGGAUGAGAAGUACAAUGAAGCUAUUUAUAGUACGGCCAAACGGCUAGUUGCGGCCAUUGAUGGGCUUCCAGAUCCUGGUGGGCCGACAUUCAAAGACAGCAAACGAGAGUCUAACUUCAAAUCCAGGGAAGAGACGGAAGAGAAACGUGGACAAUUCUCUCUUGUGGUUGGAGGCUUGUUAGUCAUUGCCUUCGUUGUUCCCAUGGCACAAUACUAUGCCUAUGUAUCCAAAAAAUAAGAAAAUGGUUAUGUACAUUAGAUGUCUCUCAGAUUCUUACUCUUUCAAAAUCAACCGUAUAAUCUGCAGUUGUAACAAUGGUUAUCUUACGAUUGAGCGUGAGAAAGCUUCAGAAUAAUAUCAUACCUUUGACCUGUAACGGCAAGUAUGAAUUAUUUCAACUUCCAGAA